AUGGGAAAAUUGAAUGAGAGUAUUGGAAACACUAUCUUAGAAAAAGCUCCAAAAAAUGCAAAGUAUACUUCUCCGGAUAUUCAGAAAGAUGUAUUGAAUGUUAUUGCCCACCAAGUGAGAACAAAGAUUCGCCAAGAAAUCGGGGAUGCCAAAUUCUGCAUUUUAGUUGACGAAGCAAGAGAUGCAUCUAACAAGGAGCAGAUGGCUAUUGUGUUAAGAUUUGUGGAUAUUGACGGGGUUUUACGAGAACGGUUCUUUGCCAUUGUAAAUGUGGCUGAUACAACUGCUACAACACUUAAGAAAGAAAUAUCUGAUGUUCUUGGUCGUUAUGACUUGCAUAUCCAUAACAUGAGAGGACAAGGAUAUGAUGGUGCUAGUAAUAUGCGUGGCUCUUGGAAUGGAUUACAGGCUCUUUUUUUGAAAGAAUGUUCAUGUGCAUAUUAUGUACAUUGUUUUGCUCAUCGGCUUCAACUAGCAUUAAUUGCGGCUGCCGAAAAAGAGCCAGAAGCUUACAUAGUUGAAAGUGCCAUCGGCUCAGGCACUGCAGGUUCUUCCUCGGAUUCAAAAUUUAAGGAUAUAUUGAGAAAUGUGUGGGCUGAACACGUUGAUGGUUCGAGUAUGUUCAGAGUAUCCAAAAAUCUAAGGCUCCUUAAUGACCAACUUCAUAUUUUUGACAAGAGGAAAUUCAGCAAUAUCUCGGAAAGAGUGAUGGCUUCCAGAAUUAAAUUAGAAGAUGACCAAGGUCGGUUACUUGGAGGGAAUAGUGUGGUUCAUCUUAAUAAGGAGAAGAAGGCUGCUCUUGAAAAAUUUAGAAAUUUGAGCUCCUUGGAAUAA